GUGCUUUUCACUUUCGUGCGCUUCCAUUUCCAUUUGGCAUCAGCCACAAUAGGCCAUUCCUAUUCAACGGUUCUUGCAACGGCGCCAACUUGCCACCGUCAUCAAAUAUUUUCUCAAUGUGCUCGCCUCUUACCUAACAUGAUAAUUUAACUCGGCUAAAAGCAGAAGAAAAAACAUUGAGAGUCUUUCAGUGAGAGCUGGAUACAAAACAAUUUUGAAACACAAGUGCAAAGUACACAAAACAACAACAACAACAACAACAACAACAAUAAUAACAGGAAAAACAACAGUUGCAGAAAUGUCGCCUUUUAUGGAAAAAACGUUGCUGUUGUUAGGCGUGCUGUGUUGCAUACAAGUUACCACUGCCCUUAUGUGCUACGACUGCAACAGCGAGUACGAUCCACGUUGCGGUGAUCCCUUUGAGCCCUACUCCAUCGGCGAGGUCAACUGCAGCAAACAGGAGCCUCUGGAGCAUCUGAAGGACAAAUACAAGCCCAUGCUGUGCCGCAAGACUGUCCAGAAAAUUUAUGGAAAGGUGCGCAUUGUGCGCGGCUGUGGCUAUAUACCCGACGAACGCACCGAUAAGGAGUGCAUAAGGCGUUUGGGCACCCACGAUGUCUCCGCCACCUACUGCGCCUGCACCCACGAGCUGUGCAAUGGAGCCACUGCCGUUGGCCAAUCGCAGAUGCCGCUGCUGUUCGCAUUGGCCGCCGGAUUCGCGCUCUUCUUGACAAGGCACAGCAUAAGAGUCCAGAGCUCAUAAAUAUCCAUUUAUUAGCAUUUUCCAAUAACAAUUUAUGUUUAAAUAUUAUUUGGUAUCAUUUAGAUUUGAGACUUCUGAAAUGGAUGGCAAGUCACUUCGAUGGCCAGUUAAUUAAGUUGCAUAAUUUAAUUUAAUUAUACAUGUGUUCGUAAGCGUAAAAAGUGAGAGAUUACCAUAAAAAAAAUAAAAUAAAAAACUAAACUCUGUACUUAAUUUGUUGGACUCAUAAAAAAUGCAAGAGUACCUUUAAUGUAAAUGUAAAACGAGAAAAAAAAAAAUAAAAUGCAUUAAAUCUAUUUGGGCGGUCAAAUCUGUUGAAUUGUUUUAUUCACUAAGCUCAUUUUAAUUUUAUAUUAAUUUUAAUAAAUGUAUAUCCAAACAAAAAAAAGAGAAAUAAACAAAAAACUGCCAGUAAAUGUCUCCGCCUAAUACACAGAAAAAAAUGCAUGCCCAACUUUAAAACUAAAACAAGCUUAACUAAACAAAUUGCAGUUUCUCAAAUGUAUUGCAAAUGUAUGUUCGGUAUUUUGAAAACUUCUGAAUCCUUUCAAAUCAUAAUUUCCUUAGAAAGUUCACAACAUUUCGACUAUUAAGACGCGAUAUUUACAUGCAGCAAAGAACCCUAAAAGGUAAAUUUUAAAAACAAACUCUUCAUAUGGUAUCAAAAAAAAAAAAAAAAGAAAUAAUAAUAAUAAUAACAAUUCAAUGAGUACAUUAAUAGAGUAUAGUAUUUGAAGUAACUAGGACACCAGAUCAUUUGAAAAACAAAUUAUGAGUCAUUGCAGAGUAAAGCAAAUAGUAUAAAAUUUAAAUUUCAACUAAAUGCAGAUAACAUAGCAAAACAAACUAUUUACAAAACCAACAACAACAUUCAAGAAAAAAUAAGAAACUAUGAAAAUGUCAUAUUUUGUCCAUUUUAAGCUUCAUACAAAAAAAAAAGGAAAUUAUAUAAAAAUAGACAAAUAAAUAAAUAAAAUAUAUAAUAAAAAUCUUCCUAAAAAACCAAAGUAAAGAAAAUAUCAAAUGAAAAUUUUGUCGUGUAGUUAAUUAUUAUUUUCUAUUUUUAUCAACAAGUAUAAAUUCUUGAUAAACAAUUUUCAAGUGCUUUAUUUGACAAAUUGAUAGGCACAAAUUAAAAAAAAAAAUAAUAAUAUAUAUAAAGACACGGCUAAUAGGCAAAGUACAGUCAACACAAAACAACAAACACUAGCCAACACACAACACAAAACCAAAUACAUUUUAACACCUGAUUUGGUGUAGACCUCACAAAUACAUACAACAAUUGAUUAAUUCAUACACAAUUAUACUUAUACACACAAACACACACAUACAUAUAUUAUAAAAAAUGAUAUUUAUUUAGUUAAAUAUUAUUAAGAAUUAUAUGGACAGCUAAUAACAACAUUGUGAGCAUAUGUAGAUAAAUUUAACUAAUUUUAAUUUACAUGCAAGAAAAAGAAAAUAUAUAAAAAUGUGCAUAAAAACAACAACAAAAACAACAUAACACUAGCCGUUGUAUCGUAAUAAAUAAAUAUAUAUGAGAAACACAUUUUGUGCAUACUUAAGAAAUUAAAAAUAUAUAUUUAAUUGCAUUCUAUUUAGUUGAAAGAGAAUACACUUUUUAAAGAAACAUAUAGACAAAGAAGGUUAUAAAAUAUAAAACCAUUUUUUAUUUGAUACAAUAGAAAGUGAGAGUAAACCCAUGCCAUACACAUACUUCACACAGGCACACGCAAAAAUAAUAAUACAAAAAAUAAAAAUAAAUAAUAAUAAUUGAAAUGGCAGCGUGAAUCAUAUCAUUGUAUUUUGCUUUACGAGUGACGAUAUUCUAAAAUAAAACCGAAUAGAAAUUCCACAAUAUAUAUGUUUAUAACACAAUGCUAACCACAAUACAAACAAGCAGCUCAGAAUGCUAAAAGAUAAUAAAUAAAACAAAAAAAAAAGAGAACAAAAAAAGAUAAAAGUAAAAACAAA